AUGGCCGCCGCUACCGAGCGAUUCAUACAUCUCGCGCGCCCGCUGGCUCACGGCAACGUUGGCAUCCAGACCAACAUUGCCCCGCUCAGCGUCAACAUCCAGCCUCAGGCCGUCCUCUCCAUCCUCGACCACGCCGUGCGAAGGGACGUCCACGAGAAUGCCCAGUCCACCCGCGUCAUCGGCGCCCUGGUCGGCACCCGAUCCGAAGAUGGAACCGAGGUCGAGGUCCGCUCCUGCUUCGCCAUCCCUCACACCGAGGAGCAGGACCAGGUCGAGGUCGACGUCGAGUACCAGAAGAACAUGCUCGCCCUGACCCUGAAAGCCAACCCCCGCGAGGCCCUGCUCGGGUGGUACACCACCUCGCACGAGCUCAACAGCUUCAGCGCCCUCAUCCAGAACUUCUUCGCCAGCCCCGAGACGGGCACGUUCCCCCACCCCGCCAUCCACCUGACCAUCUCGACCCAGCCCGGCGAGGACAUCGAGACGAGAUGCUACAUAAGCGCCCCCGUGGCCGUCAACGCCGAGCGCGCCGCCGAGAGCUGCCUCUUCAUCCAGGUGCCCCACAAGAUGCUCUACGGCGACUCCGACAGGAACGCCCUCGAGGCCAUCGCCAGCGCGCAAGACAACGAGUCCCGGACCGCGCCCCUGGCAUCAGACAUUGAGGGCCUCGGCCGGUCGAUUGAGCAGACGCUGAACCUCCUCGACCGGGUCAGCGAGUGGGUCAACGGCGUGUUGGAUGAGGACGAGGAGCCGAACAACGCCCUGGGCCAGUACCUGAUGAGCGCCCUGUCCCUGGCGCCCAAGGUCGACGCCUCACAGAUCGAGCACGACUUUAACAACCACAUCCAGGACGUGCUCAUGGUCAGCUACCUGGCCAACACCAUCCGAACCCAGAUCGAUCUCUCCCAGCGGCUGGCGACGGCCAACCUGACCAGCAACGAGAAGGACGGCGAAGGAAAGGCGGACGGCGACAAGGGCGGUAACCAGCGCGGCGGCGGCGGCAAGCGUGGCGGACGUGGCGGUGGCCGGGGAGGCGGCCAGCCGAGAGAGCCCCGGGAGCCGCGUGAGCCCCGGGAGCCCCGAGAGCCCCGGGAACCUGCGGAGUAG